AUGCUCUCACCCACUGCGAGGAUCUUCCUGAUCGCCGGCCACGUCUCGCUCACCGGCCUUCUCUAUGGUCUGGACACAGGUUCAAUCGGUGUUAUAACGCAAAUGACCCAGUUCGAGGCCUCCAUCGGGCACCUUUCUUCCACGCAGCAAGGCAUCUACGUUUCUUCGAUCCUGCUCUCGUCGUCCGUUUCGUCGUUGACAAGCGGACAUGUCUCGGACCGCAUCUCUCGCAAAUACGGCAUUCUCCUCGGCGGAAUCCUCUCGCUCAUCGGGACCGUUGUCUCCGCGUGCUCGCCCUCCUUCGCUGCCCUUAUGGCCGCGCGUCUCGUAACAGGUAUUGGGAUGGGCCAGGCGAUCUCUGUGACGACGGUGUAUCUGGUCGAAAUUGCGCCGGCGGGUAUCCGUGGUGUCGCGGCCUGCCUUUUGCAGACGUAUGUUGUUUUUGGGAUCAUGGUUGGGUAUUUCAUUGCUUUUGGGUCGUCGAAUAUUGCGGAGAGCUCGUACUCGUGGAGAGUGCCGUUUAUCAUUCAGGCUGUUGUUGCGCUGGUCCUUUGUCUUGGUAUGGUGUUUGUUCCGUUCUCGCCGAGAUGGCUGGCGCAGGUGGGACGCGGGGAUGAUGCGAAGCAGGUGCUUUACAGAUUGCGGGCUCUGUGCAAGGUGGAAGAGGAGUUCGAUGAGAUACGGCAGAGUUUGGAUUCGCAGGAACAGCAGCAGACGGCGAGUAUUAAGGAGAUCUUCAACCGGCAGUACAGAAGUCGGACUGCGUUGGGGAUCUUUCUCAUGUCGUUCCAGCAGUUGACCGGGAUCGACGUCGUCUUAUACUAUGCGCCGAUCCUCUUCCAACAAGCCGGCUUCACGUCCCAGAGAGCCUCUUUCCUAUCAUCUGGCGUGACCGGCAUCGUCAUGCUAGUGUGUACAAUUCCCGCCCAGAUCUGGGUCGAUCGCUGGGGUCGCAGGAAGCCGUUGAUCUACGGCGGCGGCGCAAUGGCAAUCUGCUUCAUAGUCAUCGGCUCGCUGUACGCCCGGUUCGGCCGUACAGAAGCGAACGAAGUAACGCUCGGCUCCGACUCUGCUCAGUGGGUGGUGAUCGUGCUGAUCUACAUCUUCGUCGCCAACUUCUCUUGGUCCUGGGCUGUGGUCGGCAAGAUCUACGCGUCCGAAAUAAUCCCCACCCGCCUCCGCGCAAAGGUCUGCGCCGUCGAGCUCGUCGCAAACUGGGUCGUCAACUUCCUCGUCACCUUCACCGCGCCGCUGUUCCUGCGCGCCUCCCCGAGCGGUCCGUACUUUCUCUACGGGUUCUCGACGGUCGUUGCGGUCGUGGUCUGUAUAUUGAUGCCGGAGACAAAGGGGCACAGUCUAGAGCAUAUUGAGCAGUUGUUCGAGAACGCGGAUAAGGUUCGCCGCGGAAGCGGGAGUGUGUUUCCUAGCGGGGAUGAGGAUGGGGAUGGGAACAAAGAAACCCAGUCUAGGCAUAGGAGCGAUGUGCAGGGGAUCGAGAUGAUGCCCGGUCCGGUGCCGUCGAGGUCGGGAUUGGCAUGA